AUGAGGCCAUUGGUCGUCCUGCUCUCAGUGUAUUUUGUCAGCGUGAGCUGGUGUGCUGACGGACGGUUCGAAUGCACGAGCGGACAAUGUCUUCCCCCCACACCGGAGUUCCAUUUGAAGGAAGACUGCCAGAACGCCGUGCCUGACAAGGUUUUUUGCGGUUCUUGUAGUUUCGAGCAUGACUGGUGUGGAUGGAACAGCAGCAGCAGCAGCAGCGACUACACGUGGAGGCGAGAGUGGGCAAAUGUCACCUUGCUACCCGGACAUGACCACACCACAGGGAGUCCAUUGGGACAUGUCAUGUUUUUGGAUGGAAAACAAGGCUGUUCUAUCACGGAAAAGGCCGUUUUGGAAUAUUUUGUGGAGACAAGGGCUGCUGUGGGAUGCCAGAUGAGCUUCUGGUAUCAUAUUCAUGAAGAAAACUCAGCGACAUCGUCCUCGUCCAUCCAUGUGAACCUGGUCAGAGAGACAGCGACCAGCACCAAUCUGCUGAAUACUCCAGCGAGUUCAGCAGACGAGUGGCAGAAUGCCCGAAUUGUCAUUGGGAAUCGUCCCGCCAAGUACAAGCUCCAGUUCGCAUACAGUUGUCCAUUUUUGAAACCCACGGAUGUGAUGCUGGAUGACAUCAGCUUUGAGAAGUGUGCGGAGGGAGACAUACCUGCAGGACCACAGCAGCUGUCCUGUGAUUUUGAGGAGGACACUUGUUCCUGGUACCACGACUACACCGCCAGCAUGCUUUGGGAGCGGACAACAGGAGGUUUCCAACAUCACCCCGAGGGCAAUGGCUAUUACAUGCUCAUAUCGAGCAAAAGUGGUCUCAACAUCUCGUCCGCAGCGAGACUCGUGGGCUUCACUGUGGGUCCGGUCGUAUGCGUCAGCUUCCACUACCACAUUUUUGGCAACAGCAUUGGUUCAUUAAAGUUCAUCGUGAAGUACCCGGGUGAAGCAGAGACUAUUGUGUGGAUGAGGAGUGGCACUCAGGGAAACAAAUGGAGAUUCGCGGAUCUAACCUUCACCAGUGACAAACCAAUACAGUUCAUCAUAGAAGCUGUGGUGGGUGGAAAUCAAGGCUCUAUUUGCAUAGAUGACCUUGUAGUGUCCAACAGCGGUGGCUCCUGUCCAGCGGAGCGUGAGUGCACCUUCCAGGGAUCACUCUGCGGUCUGCAGCCGGUUCUGUCCGCAGACUACAGCUGGAAGCGGGCGACGGGCGCAUCUCGACCCGCCAACUCCUCCGGCCCUGGCACGGAUCACACUCUGGAAACAGAGCAUGGUUAUUACCUGAGCGCUGAGUUGUGGCGACACCGGCCAGGGUCCAGAGUUAAAAUAGAGACGGCACUGAUGGAGCCCACCCCGCCUCACGGUGAAUGCUUGAUGUUCUGGUUCUACAUGGAGGGAAGAGCUGUGGGUGAGCUCAAUGUGCACCUUCGAACUGAUGGCGCCCUCGUCCGGCGGCUGUGGAGCAGGAGCGGAGAUCAGGGGAGCCACUGGAGGCACGGCAGAGUGUCACUCCUGAACCCCGAGUCCUCAUAUCAGGUGGUUUUUGAAGCGGUGACAGGGGAGGGUCUGAGGAGAGAUAUCGCCAUCGAUGACCUGACUGUUCUUAAUGGAGUGUGUCCUCCAGAAGGUUUUUGUGACUUUGAAAUAGAUUUAUGCGGGUGGGUGAACAACCCUCCAGCCAAUUCCGGGAUGGACUGGGACUGGCUUUCUGGGAAGAGCGAAGGCCUCCUUGUCCCAGAAAGGGACCACUCUACCAUGUCCUCUCUUGGCCACUUUGUUUACUACAGGUCGUUUGAGUCUGACAGAGACCAAAAAGCUCAGCUCGAGAGUGAGUCCAUGGAGGCUGUGGACCAAGCUUGUCUGGAGUUCUGGCACUACGCUGAUGGGUGGACGUCGAACAAACCUUCAGACAUCAUGUUGACGGUAUUUGUCAACGAGACCUCUGGGCUGCGUCCCAUUUGGAGCAUGAAUGGAUAUCUCAAUAGCACCUGGAUCCAGAGCAAGGUUGACUACAGUGCAUCAGGGCCUCACCAGAUUAUCCUGCAAGCCAACAAUACAGGCUCCAGUAUACUGGGUUCAAGUUUUUCCCUCGAUGAUGUUCACAUCAUAAGAAACAAGUCUUGUUUGGAUACCAUCCCGACCACCACCCCAAAUCCUGCCACCACCACCACCACUCCUCCGAACCCUGGCAUUCACUGCACCUUUGAACAAGGUCUGUGCAACUGGGUCCAGGAGGUUGAUGAUGAUUUUAACUGGACACUGAGUAGAGGACUUCAAGUGGACGAGCUUUGGGACGGACCUUUAUAUGAUCACACUGAAGAAAAUAACCAAGGUUUUUAUUUACUUCUCAAUGGAUCUGCAUUCAAGGGGGGCGAGAAAGCCAGCAUCUCUCUUCCCCUCAACGAUGGGACAUCACGAGUUUGUGUUGGAUUCUGGUAUUACAUGUUGGGCCCUUCAGUGUCAGCCAUUGAUCUGCUGGUUAAGACAAAUUCCUCAGAGAUGCUGAUCUGGACUCGCAAAGGGAGCCAGUAUCCCGAAUGGAUCCAAGCACAAGUGACCAUCGACGUAAAGGAUGAAAUGACACGGGUGAUGUUCACCGGCCACAGAAGCAGUACCAGUGAGGGAUUCAUUGCACUUGAUGAUGUCACAGUGAGCAUUGGGGACUGCCGUGAAGACAGUCCAAUCUGCGGCUUUGAAUCCGGCUGGUGCGGCUUUGAGAGGGACGUCAGCCACGAGGGACAUUGGGGACGCGAGAGAGGCACAAAGAACAACGUGGAUCACACGUUUGGUACAGAGAAUGGUUACUACAUGACCGUAACCAAGUCAAAUUCCACACAACAAUCAGUUGCUCAGCUGCUGUCGCCUGACAUCAUCUCACCUUCGGAAAUGUGUGUUCGCUUCUGGUACCGGCUGCCUGUAGGGUCAGCCAACAAGCUAUCUGUCCAUGUGAGGAGCAGGGAAGUGGGUGAUGCCCUUUGGCAACAUUCUGGAGCCGUCUCAUCAGACUGGGAGGUGGCAGAGGUCACAGUUUUCUGGCCAACAAAGUUCAACGUGGUGUUUAGGGCAUCCCAUGAGCCAGGAUCAAAUUCCACAGUACAAAUAGACGAUUUCUCCGUAAGGAACGAGGCCUGCUCUCCUUCGGCAAACUGUGACUUUGACUCUGGACAAUGCAACUGGCUCAACGUGCCGACAGAAAAUGGAUAUUCCUGGGUGCUGGCCAGUACGGGCUUCCACAAUCUACCUGUACAGCACACCACCCCAGAAGGUUGCUUUCUGUUGAGCACCUCACAGCACAGAAACAUCAGUGUGGCUCAGAUAGCAUCCGAGUGGAUCCAUCUCAAAGACCCCAACGCCUGCCUCACUCUUUCCUACCAUGUGGACGGCAGCAGCCUGGGGACCAUGCGUGUCCACGUUCGCUCAGUCCACUCAGAGGACCAGCUGAUAUUCCAAAGCAGCAGUGGACACAGCUGGGACUUCUUUUCUCAAACGCUGGAGCAGAACAAAUCUUUCCAGUUGGUGAUCCAAGCAGAAACCAGCCAAGGAGGGUUUGUUGCCAUUGAUGAUAUCAGUCUAACACCCGGCCCAUGUCAAGCGAAUGAAACGAGUUCCGGUUUUGCCGGCUGCACGUUUGAAAAUGGCACGUGCGGCUGGAAGGACGUCAGCGUGGGUCAAGGUCAGUGGGAGGUCAUGGAGGGAAAGGACGCUCCAGUGCACACGGGACCAUCUGUUGACCACACACUCGGCACCGAGCUGGGUGGGUACGUGGCGUUGACCCCCAACAAAGGUGAUCACAUCAGUCCUGCCACCUUGCAGAGUCCUGUCAUGACACAAGCCAGCGCCACAUGCACGCUCCACUUCUACUACAACAUGUAUGGAGAAGACGUCCAAGCGUUGAAGGUGCUGCGGAGCGAGAGAUCGCGGACCACCGUCCUGUGGUGGAGGUCGGGCGGAGGCGAUGAUACGUGGCAACGCGGCGAGGUUGCGGUCGCUAGACCCGGCCAGGACUUCACCAUCCUUCUCCAGGCGACCCGGGCCUUCAGCCAGCUGGGCCACGUUGCCGUUGACGACGUGGCCUUCACCACAUGCCCCCUGCCGGAGCCUCAACCUGUCUGCGCUGACAAUAUGUUCGCGUGCAAUAACGGCGUGUGCGUGGAGAAGAGCCGAGUGUGCGAUUUCACCGACGACUGCGGCGACCGGACGGACGAGCUGGACUGCGAGAAUCAAGGUGCGACGCAGCGCUGCAGCUUUGAACAAGGCCUGUGCUCUUGGGCUAGAAACCAGUUGGACGACGGUGGCGCGAGAUGGAGGCGGCAAAAAGGACAGGACGCCUGGCCUGCUGGUCCUCCCCUGGACCACACCCUAAACAACGCUGCAGGUCACUACCUAACUCCCGGCACUCCUGGCAUAUCUGAGGUCCUCUCCAACACGUUGCUUCCCAGCUCAAAUUGCACGAUCAGAUUCUUUUACUACAGCCUGGACGACGCCACAGGAAGACUCACGGCGCAAUCUCGGACGCUGCGUUCCGGUGGCGAUGACACCGUGUUGUGGCUCGCCAUGCACACGCCGAGCUACAGCUGGCAGAGGACCAGCGUCACCUUUUCCUCCUCUGUCAUGUGCAAGAUUGUCUUUAGGUACGAGGGCGGCAACGCUGGCGGAGGACACGUUGCACUGGACGACGUGUCUUUCUCCGAGGAGUGUGCGUUUGACCCUGCCAACGGCCGAUUACCUGACACGUCACCCACUUCAGCCCCGACAACAUCUACAUCCCCCUCACCAACCAACCCAUGCCAGGAAGAUGAAUUUUUCUGUUGGCGCUCGUCUGGCCAAAUAUGCAUCGCUGCAACUUUAAAGUGCAAUUACCUUCCGGACUGUUCCCAAGGGGAGGACGAGGAUGGCUGCGGUCCGUGCACGUUCGAGCGGGACCAGUGCGGCUGGACGGACGCCGGCCAAGCUCCAAGGAGGUGGCACCGACAGAGAGCCGGCGGCGGCACGCAGCCACCGACUGAUCACACCACGCACUCAGGCUUUUUCAUGAGCGUCAACUCCAGUCAGGCGUCCCGGUUGAGCGAGGCCCGACUCCAGAGCCCCACCCUGCCGCCUUCGUCCCCCUACUGCCAGAUUCAGUUUCACUUCCACAUCAGCUCUGAGUGUGCUGGCUCGCUCAAAGUGCUGACGCAGCAAGAUGACGGACGUGAAGCAAUCCUGUGGUCACGCAUCCGCCGCACCGCUCGCCAUUGGACGCCCGAAUAUGUGCCCCUGUGGACGCACCUGCGGCCUCACAAGGUGUGGUUGAGUAGUAGUGGUCAAGCCUACCCGGGAGAAGCCGCCAGUGAGGCUUGUGUCGUUGCCGUGGACGACAUCUCUUUCCUCAACUGUGAGAACUUCUUCCAGCCACCAGCUCUCCCUGCCUUCAGGUGCACCUUUGAAGACAGCCUGUGUGUUUGGCUGCAGGGGGCCGACGACGACCUGGACUGGACUAUAAGGUCGGGCCCGACUGACACGCCGAACACCGGGCCAGCAGGGGACCACACUACGGGAACAGGAAACUAUCUCUACGUCGAGAGCUCCCAUCCCAGCGCAAAAGGUGAUGUUGCUCAGCUGAAGUCAGCAUUGCUGCCACCUGCUGGUGAACAAGGGUACUGUUUAACAUUCUGGUACCACAUGUUUGGAGCCACCGUGGGUUCUUUGAGGAUGUUCCUUCACACGGCCGUGAACAAAUCUCUGGUGUGGCAAAGAUCAGGGGACCAAGGGGACGAGUGGCGGGCGGCUCAAAGUCACGUGACCUUGCAGCGGGUCCAUCAAGUGAUCGUGGAGGCCAGCGUGGGAGGAGAGGCGGGCGACAUCGCCGUCGAUGACGUCUCGCUUGUUCCCGGCGCAUGCCCCACCUCUGAUGUCUGUGAUUUUGAGGAGGGAAGUUGUAACUGGCAGCAGGGCAGCAACGAUGACGCCGACUGGAUCCGGCAGUCGGGCUCCACCCCGAACCCCAACACGGGCCCCGACAGCGACCACACCACCAACACGCCAAUGGGCCACUACUACUACCUGCCCUCUUCCAACAAUGACAUCGCAGGCCAGACCGCCGCCAUGUCGUCACCGUUGUACCCGCCCACUGCGCGACAAGGAGCUUGCGUUAAGAUUUGGUACCACAUGUACGGCAGAGGCGUUGGGACCUUCAACGUUUACCAGCAGAGCCAAGGUGGCGUCCGUGCUCUGAUUUUCUCCCAGAGCGGAGACCAGCUCCCGCUGUGGAGAUUGGCUGAGGCGUCACUCCUGCCUUCAGUUCAGCCAUACAAGCUCGUGGUGGAAGGUGUGAAGGGCGGUCCCACCCUGGAGGGCGACAUGGCUUUUGAUGACGUCCACCUGAUAGACACCAACUGCCCCCCGCACGGCACCUGCGACUUUGAGAUGGACAUGUGCAGCUGGACCAACGUGAGGGGAUCAAUAGACCAAGGCGACUGGCUCCGAGGGUUCGGAGCCUCCCCGAACCCCAACACGGGACCUAGCGUGGAUCACACCACACACACGCCACACGGUUCCUACCUCUACGUGGACAGCUCAGUGGGUCAACGGGGCGACGCCUCGUUCAUUAUCAGUGAUGUGCUCCAACCGGCCACUAGAGGCCACUGUCUUGAAUUCUGGUACCACAUGUUUGGCCCUCAUGUCGGUACCCUGCGAGUUUACGUAAACGACAGAAAAACACACGCCAGCGGCAACGAGGCGGGCGUUCAGACGUGGGUCGAGAUCGGAAACAAGGGAGACAAGUGGCAGAAGGCCAAUGUGUUUGUUGAGGCUGACGAGGCAUUCUGGUUUGCGUUCGCAUAUCACAGGAGCGAGGAGGCUGGCGGUGACGUUGCCCUUGAUGAUAUCAACAUCUUUCAUGGAUCCUGCGAUCCAGAACCCACCACUGACCCUGUUGAUGAUUACACUGAUAUGUUGUCCAUCGGCUUGGCGGUGGGUCUGACUUUCCUUGCAGGGGUCGUCAUCGUCUUCUUCCUCAUCCGGCUGAACAGGGAGCGCUGUUCCAAAAGCCAGGCAGACGCUGCAAGUAACAACGUUCUGGAUCAGGACGCCGUGUUUGACCUCUAUGACUGCCAAAUAGAUGGCACACAACAAGGAAGCGUAUCCAACAUGUCUUUCUACAACAAUCUGUACGAACCGUCGACAAACGCAAGCAACGCACGUGUUGACUCAUCGAGCGCCUAACCCCUUUGUUUUAUUUGUUUUUAAGCACAAUUUUAAACAUGUGAAAUGAAAACCAGGCAGAAAAACAUUGAUGUAAUAUAAAAAAGUUAAAAAGUUAAAGUGAUUGUCACAUCACUCUUGAUCACCCUCUGGGAGGUGAGGGGAGCAGUGAGCAGCAGCAGUGGCUGCACCCGGGAAUAAUUUUUGGUGAUUUAACCCCCAAUUCCAACCCUUGAUGCUGAGAUGCUGACUUUCUUCCUCUUAACGCUCUCCUAAUUCUGUAUCGGACUCUAUUUGAACCACAUAUAAACUACUGCAAUGUGGUAUGGUGUAUCACGUACUAUAGAGUUGGAAGGGGUGGGAAGUUAAGCUCGGGAAGUUUGGAAAUAUUUACCAUUUUUUGAUUAUUCAAAGUUGGACACCGUCCAUGGGAAAUAAUGAGAAUGAAUGGGGAAUUACAAUAAUGAUAUAUUAUUGGGCACUUGUCUAUAUGCUGCUGCAUCUUUGUGGCAUACCCAUACUUGCCAACCUUGA